CUCGCGAGAGCAGCGGGUUUCCUUCGCUGGCUUCGGGCCUCUGUGGAUUGCGUGCUGGAGAGCGGGGCCGGGGCCGCCUCCCAGAGGUGGCGGCAGCAGCCCGCUUUACUCUAAGUCUCUCCGAACCCAGCUGAGGUGUUGGUUUCCCAUCGACUUUCUUUCGAUACUGCACAGGCCAGCAAGGGGUGAAAGGUCACAAGAUGGCGCUGGCUGCUCGUCUAUUACCCCGCUGGCUUUUCUCUGGGCCUCCGCCCGGCGGAGCCGCCAGACCCGGGAUCCCCCGCGCAGCCGAGAUGAGGCCGCUGUUGGCUGGACUUUGCUGCUUCUGCCGCCGCCACGUCGUCUCUAGAACGGUCCCGUUUUCGCGAGUCACUUGGGCCUCGGCGGCCUCGGCGCUGCCUGCUUGGGGCGCCCGGCGUCCCCUGCUCAGCCCUCCGGGACUCUCCGCAGCCCUCCCCGCUUUCCCCGCCGGCCCUCGACGAAGCUACAGCACCGAGGAGCAGCCACAGCAGCGCCAGAAAACCAAGAUGCUCGUUCUGGGCGUCUCCAACCCCAUCAACUGGAUUCGGACUCGAAUUUACGCCUUCCUUAUCUGGGCCUAUUUCGACAAAGAGUUCAGCAUCGCAGAAUUCUCAGAGGCCGCGAAGCAGGCUUUUGCUCAUGUAUCCAAAUUGCUGUCACAGUGUAAAUUUGACCUGUUGGAAGAACUUGUGGCCAAAGAGCUGCUGCACGUGUUGAAAGAAAAGGUUACUUCACUACCUGACAGCCAUAAAAAUGCCCUCGCUGCUGACAUAGAUGAAAUUGUGUACACCUCAACAGGAGACAUCUCCAUUUACUACGAUGACAAAGGAAGGAAGUUUGUUAACAUCCUGAUGUGCUUUUGGUAUCUAACCAGUGCCAACAUCCCCAGUGAAACUUUAAGUGGAGCCGGUGUGUUCCAGGUUAAGUUGGGGGAUCAGAAUGUGGAAACUAAACAACUUCUUAGUGCAAGCUAUGAAUUUCAGAGGGAGUUUACACAAGGAGUAAAGCCUGACUGGACCAUUGCACGGAUUGACCACUCCAAGUUACUAGAAUAAUCUUUCUUGGAAAAUCAGCUUAUUUGGGACUUUUAGCAAUUGCUGUGAAAAACUAAGGAAGAAAAGUUUUGGAUCAAUUGAUUUUCAGUUAGUCAAGUCUGUGGAUUACUUUUGUAUUAUUCUUAAAGACUCCUUGUAGGAUGCUGGCAUGAUAUAAUAAAGCAUUUCCGUAGAUUGUUGUCACAUUCUGUACAAGAGAUAAAAAUAAACUACAACAGCCCAUUGUUGGUGUCA